AUGCUGCAAGAGAUCGACAGUGAUUUCGCUGUUUCGGGGGCUUCGUCACUUAUGGCUUCGAAGCAGGUCUGCAAUGGGAGAAUGGGCGUUCUUGAGGCGCCCGGUCACUUGGUCACGUCGUUGCACUGCUUUUGGCUCACUCAGUCCUCGUUUGUCUUGUUACCAGAGCAUAGCAGAGAUGUUUGGGCCUUCGCCUCGCAAACGCAAACGCAAAGCGCUGUGAAUCUUCGAAUUGUCCAAAACAAUAACGAUAACAACAACAGGCGUGCCAGAAAUUCAGAAAUGAAGAUACAUGCCUACUCCGUACUGCACGGUACAUCGCCUCCACCCUCACGCGGGUGCGCUAUUCCUUCUGCGUCGUCCUCCAUGCCUGCCAAGCGUGCCCUCAAUAUCAGCAUCACCAAGCAAGUCCGAGAAGAAAGCACAUCCCUACACACCGUGUCGUUCCCACCCGUCCGCAUUCCGCCAGGAAACAACAAACGUCUGGACGCCUCACCCAUCCCAAGUCCCAGUGUCCCACAGGGACCCCGGCUACAGGUCGAUUUCGCGCUUUCUGGAUUGGCCCAGCUUCAGCCCUCUCCGUCAACGGAAGCCAGUCAUGGCCAAAUAAAGUAG